AUGCUUCUACGAGAGCUGAAAGUGGAUUACGUAGACCUUCUUACAGUGGACUGCCCGCCGGAGCAGGUGCCCGCGGCGUGGCCCUGGGUCGAGGAGGUCGCGCGCGAAGGCCGUGCUCGCUUCCUUGGGGUGUCCAACUUUGAUCUCUUGGGCCCCAAGGUCUGCGUGGAGGUCUUUCGGAAGUUCUUGGCGGGCGUGAAGUUGCCGCCUGCAGUUCUGGCAAUGGAGGUUCAUCCGUUGAAUACCAACGAAGAGAUGUCCGACCUGUGCCAGAGCAUGGGGAUUCAGGUCCUGGCCUACUCGCCCCUGGGGGCGCCCCACAAGGUGGAGACCUACCUUAAGGUGCUCACUAAAUCGGAUGCUCGAGAGAUGCGCCCCUUGCUGAAGGUGCCCGAGCUUCAGCUGUUGCAAAGCAUCGCCAAGCGCUAUGAUGCAUCGGCAGCCCAGGUGGCACUGCGCUGGAAUUUGCAGCGCGGCCACUGCAUCAUUCCGAAAAGCUGGAAUCCCAAUCACAUCCUGGAGAACACAAAGCUGUUCGAUUUUUGCCUCUCACCAGAGGAAAUGGCCUCCAUUUCAAAGCUCCACAAGGGGGUGCGGGCUGAGCGGUUUUUCCAAGCUUCCUUCAGCACCGCCGCAAAGGCGCUGCCUCAAAUGACUCGGGACGCGCACGAUGAGUGCCGCAAGAUCCUGAACAAGAUCCGAGGCCCUGGAGGCAGCGUCAUAUCGCCAGGCCAGCCUCCAUUGGUCACCGCAAAACCUUGCAAGACCUAUGACCGCAAGCUUAAUCCUACCAGAAACCUUGAAGGCUGCUUUUGCUGUCUUUUGCUGUCCAGCCUGCGCAGUGACGAGAGGCUCCAUUCCCCAGGGUCUUGGUGCUCCAACUCCGCUGCCUGCCAGCCCAGACUGUGGUUCCUGCAGAUCCGUGCCGUGCAAGGUUCGCAUGGAGUUCCCUCAAGUUUGGGCAUGCAAGGCAGCGUAAGGCUUAGGCCUAGGCCUGGGCAUUCCUGUUUCGCGGUUCUGCAAUGA